AGCCAAGGGGGCCGGCUUGUCCUGGCCGCUGUGAUGGGGACGAGCGGGACAGUGCGGCCGGCAGCAGCUCACACAGCCGCACACACACAGCCACAACGGGAGCAGCAGCCCCAGCCCGCCGGCCGGGGCAGCCGUGCCGGAGCAGGAGAGGGCAGCAUGAAGCCGGAGAACUUCCCCGAGGAGAAUGGCUUCGGGGAGGGAAGGGAUGCUGGCCAGGGCGAUCUCACACCCGGGAGCUGCCAGAAGAAACGCCGCUGGAUUCCGGAAAACUUCUGGGAGGACGUGAGGCAGCUGCUGGUGCUGGCGGGGCCGCUGAUCCUCAUCCAGCUGCUGAUCUUCCUGAUCCACCUUGUCAGCUCCAUAUUCUGUGGCCACCUGGGCAAGGUUGAGCUGGCCUCUGUCACGCUGGCCAUCGCUGUUAUAAAUGUCACUGCCAUCUCUGUAGGUUACGGUUUGACUUCAGCGUGUGACACCUUGAUAUCCCAGACCUAUGGCAGCAAGAACCUGCUGCGUGUGGGGGUGAUCCUGCAGCGUGCCACCAUCAUCAUCCUCCUCUGCUGCUUCCCCUGCUGCGCCAUCCUCAUCAACAUCGAGGAGCUGAUGCUGGUCAUGCAGCAGGAUCCCGAGGUCUCCAGGUUGACCCAGCACUACGUGAAUGCGUUUCUCCCUGCCCUCCCGGCGGUUUUUCUGUAUAACCUGGAGACAAGAUACCUGCAGAACCAGAUGAUCAUGUGGCCACUGGUGCUGAGCGGGGUCAUCGGCAACAUCGUCAACGUGGCUGCAAACUACGUCCUCCUCUACGUGUUCCACCUGGGCAUCACGGGCUCUGCCUGGGCCAACACCAUCGCUCAGUAUUCACAAAUGAUUUUCUUGUUCCUGUUCAUCAUAGGCAGGAAACUCCACUUGAACACGUGGGGAGGCUGGUCCAGCGAGUGCCUGCUGGACUGGGACAGCUUCACCUCCCUGGCUAUCCCCAGCAUGCUCAUGAUGUGCAUCGAGUGGUGGACCUAUGAGAUUGGGAGCUUCUUGAUAGGACUGCUGAGCGUUGUCGAGCUCUCCGUCCAGUCCAUCAUCUAUGAGGUGUCUGUUGUGGCUUUCAUGAUCCCCCUGGGGCUGGGCACAGCUGCUGGUGUGCAGGUGGGCAACGCGCUGGGCGCCGGCGACAUCGAGGCGGCCAAGAGAUCCUCCAGCACCAGCCUGAUCUGCACAGGGGUGUUCUCCGUAAUUGUGGGGUCCAUUUUAGCUGCCACAAGGAAUGUGCUGGGAUACAUCUUCACCAUGGACAAGGAAAUCAUUGACUUGGUGGCGUGGGUCAUGCCUGUCUACGUUGUCUUCCACCUGUUUGAAGCCAUGACUGGUGCCUGCAGUGGGGUGCUCAGAGGAGUCGGGAAGCAGAAAUUCGGUGCCAUCCUCAACGCCGUGAGUUACUACGGUGUGGGCAUGCCCCUGGCAGCUGUGCUGCUCUUCGUGGCCAAGAUCGGCGUCAUCGGCCUGUGGAUCUCAAUGCUCGUCUGCGUCUUCAUCCUCUGCACCUGCUUCAUCACCUACAUCUCCCGCCUGAACUGGGAGAAGGCAGCUAAGGAGGCUCAGCGCCGGGCGGGAGUGACCCAGCUGCCACCACCAGAGCUGCCGAGCCUGGGCCCUGAGCCCUCCAGCAAGGAUCUGGACGUGGGACCAGCCCCCCAGCCCCACACUUACCUCCCUGCCAGGGCAGUGUUGGGGUCUGUCGCAGGAAUAGAAGUGCAGGAUGACGUCGUGCUCACGGGCAUCACCAGGACGGAGGGAGCCACGCAGCAGCUGGAGCUGCGGGAGGUCACCCCCGCUCCGGCCACCCCCGUGGUCACCAAGCAGCUCAUCCUGCGCCGGGGGCUGGCCGUGGCCGCAGCCGUGGCCGCGCUCGCGCUCGGCAUCGCCAUAAAGCUGAUCAGCAGCACAGGCUGACUCGCACCAAGGACUUUGGGGACUUGUUUUUGGGGUGAAAGCCUCUCCUGAGGGACAGGCGUACAAAGCACGGACCAGCCAGCGAGAAAACGGAGCGCACGCCUGUCCCGCAGGAGCCAAAGGGCUUCUGUCAAGGCUGAGCAGCGUUUGUGCAGGUACUGAUUGAGAAUGGGGCCCUGAGGCUGCCCUGGCACCCAAAAUGCUGCUCUGGGCUGCCUGAGCGUGUGGGGCACCCCCAGCCCACACUGCCACCACCCACUGGAGCUGAGCACAGCCCAGCUCCCCCUGCUGCUCCAUGACAAAUGCCCAAUAAAGAAUAAACCUGGCUGGA